AUGCCCGAUAUGGCGACCAGAACAACCGACAGUCAGGCGCCAAACAACGGGAACACUAGAUCCCGGACGCCAAGUUUGAAUUCGCUCAGCUUGACCGAGUAUUCAAGUAACCCACUGCCAUCGGGCCAAAAUCCCACGAGUAAUUCUAAGGAUCUCGUACCAGAAGAAUUUAUACUUCCUAAUGGCUUUCCAGACUACUUGCGACUUAUCCUUACGUCUCGGGUCUACGAAGUCGUCGAGGAGACACCCCUUACACCGGCCAUUAAUCUAAGCAAUCGUCUCGAGUGUAAAGUAUUGUUAAAGCGAGAAGAUCUACAACCCGUCUUUAGUUUUAAGUUACGUGGAGCAUAUAACAAAAUGGCACAUCUAGAUCCCAAAACUAGCUGGAAGGGCGUGGUAGCUUGCUCUGCCGGAAACCAUGCACAAGGGGUAGCAUAUUCCGCGAGAAAGCUCAAGAUUCCGGCAACCAUAGUAAUGCCGGAAGGCACUCCUAGCAUAAAACAUCUCAACGUCUCACGCAUGGGAGGUGCUGUCUUGCUUCACGGCGCAAAUUUUGAUGCUGCAAAGGAGGAAUGUGCGAGGCUGGAAAAGAUGCAUGGUCUUACAAAUAUACCCCCAUUUGAUGAUCCAUACGUGAUUGCAGGGCAAGGCACCAUUGGUAUGGAGCUCCUCCGCCAAGCAAAUAUGUCUAAGCUUGAAGCUAUUUUCUGUUGCGUGGGCGGAGGGGGCCUAAUUGCCGGCAUUGGUACCUACGUGAAGCGAAUAGCUCCACAUGUCAAGAUAAUUGGUGUCGAGACUUACGAUGCAAAUGCUAUGGUUCAGUCAUUAGCUGCUGGAAAAAGGAUAUUGCUCAAAGACGUUGGACUCUUCGCAGAUGGUGCGGCAGUCAAAAUUGUCGGCGAGGAAACGUUUCGUUUAUGUCAAGAUGUUGUGGAUGACGUUAUCCAAGUCACAACCGAUGAAAUAUGUGCUGCCAUUAAGGACAUAUUCGAAGAUACUCGUACAAUCGUUGAACCUGCUGGCGCGCUUUCCCUUGCUGGCCUCAAAAAGUAUGUUGGAGUCAAUCCGAGUGCCGAUACUUCUCGACAACUCAUUGCUAUCGCUUCGGGAGCAAAUAUGAACUUCGACCGUCUCCGCUUUGUGGCAGAGAGAGCUGCGUUAGGUGAAAAAAAGGAAGCGCUCAUUAGUGUUAGUCUUCCUGAAACAACGGGCGCCUUUGCGGAAUUAAUCAAAAGUAUAAUGCCCCACAUGGUUACAGAAUUUGUAUAUCGAUAUGCAACUAACACUAUAGCCAACGUACUUGUUGGUAUCUCCCUAACGUCUCCGGCAUCUCAGCGGGACGAAGAGCUCGAGUUAUUACUCUCACGAAUAAAAAAUGGAGGCAUGACACCUACUGAUCUCUCGGGAGAUGAGUUGGCAAAGACUCAUCUUAGAUAUCUCGUGGGUGGUCGCUCCGACGUAGCGAAUGAACGACUCUACAUGUUUAAUUUCCCGGAAAGGCCGGGCGCUUUAGAAAAGUUCUUGAUGGCACUACGACCGAAAUAUAAUAUUAGUCUCUUCCAGUAUCGCAACGCGGGAAGUGAUAUCGGGAAGGUUCUGACAGGUAUUGUGUGUCCUACCGAUGAAGUCUCAGAACUCGAGAGAUUCCUCAAAAAAGUAGGCUACCGCUGGGAGGAUUGCACAAAUAGUGAAGCCUAUAAAACCUUCUUGCGAGCUUAA